GGCGCGCACGGUGCCACGCGCGCUCCCGCGCUCCGCUGCGCACAGACGGCCGGUGCGGAGAGGGGGGGGAGAGAUAGGGAGGCGAGGGGCUGCUAUUACCAGCGACAGCGAGCGGCAGCGAGCACAUACAGUCUGGAGAGCGGUGGAUGCGACAAGAUGCUGAGCGUCGCCCUGCUGUGUGCGUGCGCCGUCGCCGUCGGACGCGUCUCCGCGCGCUCCGACAGCGGCAAUUUUUUGGACGAUAAGUGGCUCGCCGGGCGAUGGGACAAAUUCAGAGACGAAGUGGAGGAGCCCGGAACAUGGACUCCAGCCAAGCCCUUCGAUCAAGGCCUGGAUCCGGCCAAAGACCCCUGUCUGAAGGUCAAGUGCAGCCGCCACAAGGUGUGUGUGACGGAGGACUAUAAGACGGCCACGUGCGUCAGCCAGAGGAGAGUCAGCUUCAAAGAUGCCAAUUUGUUCCGGAGCCCGGGGUCCAAGUGCAAGCCCUGCCCCGUGGUCCACCCGUCGCCUGUGUGUGGCACCGACGGCCACACCUACUCCACCAAGUGUAAGUUAGACUACCAGGCGUGCAUCACGGGGAAGAAGAUCGCCAUGAAGUGCUCCGGCAUGUGUCCCUGCCCCUCGCAGCUGGAGCACGGCUCUGUGGAGAAGAAAGUGUGCAGCGAGUCGGACCUGAAGGAGGUGGUGAGCCGCCUGAGAGACUGGUUCAGAGUGCUGCGUGAAAAUGGCAACCACAAGAGAGUCAAGAUCCAGAAGCCUGAGAAGAACAAGUUUGAGGUCGGGGCGUCACCUGUUUGUAAGGACCCUCUGGGCUGGAUGUUCUCCCGCUUGGACACCAACUUCGACGUCCAGCUCGACCAAUCGGAGAUCAGGAGCCUCUACGUGGACCGGAACGAGCCGUGCUCCGAGGCCUUCUUCAAAUCCUGCGACACGCAUGCGGACAGAGGGAUCAGCAGCUCCGAGUGGUGCACCUGUUUCCAGAGGUACACAGACUCCCCCUGUAAAGCAGAGCUAUCCAGUAUCAACAAAAAGCAAGCGGGGAAGAAGCUGCUGGGUCAGUAUCUGCCGUCCUGCGAUGAGGACGGCUACUACAGGUCCCACCAGUGUCACAGCAGCAGUGGACAGUGCUGGUGUGUGGACCGAUACGGCAACGAGGCGGCCGGGUCACGCACCCACGGACCGGCAGACUGUGGUGUGGUCCUGGAGUCGUCCGGAGACCUCGGAAGCGGGGACUCGCUCUUCGCCGACGACGACGAGGACUCGUUCGUCCUCAACGACCAGGUGGGGAUGGACGACGAGGACGACGAGGACGAGGAGGACGACGACGUCAACGAUGAAUAUCUGUCGUAAUGUUACAAAAAAAAAAAGAAAACACGUAAACAAAAACUGUUUCUUUCGUCAAACUGCACGUUUCUAGGUGACUCCCCCCAGACAGAUACUUAUUCAUACUAACAGCCUAUGGACUACUCUCUGUGUAUUGUUUGUUCAUAUGAAAAAAAAAAAAUCCUAAAAUGUUGUCUGAGUAUAAAAUAUAUAUGAUCGGUUCAUGGCACUUGUUCACCUGUGUGUCAGACAACCAGAGAAUAUAACAAGGACUGACCGACGCCAGUCCAGUAUUUGGGAUUUGGUCGUGUCCUCCCUUCAUUGGACGACAGUCCACGUCUUAGUGUGUCCUGUCCUUGUGCAGCACUGAUGCCUGAGUAUGUUGGUGCCUGAGGCGCAAUGUAAAAGAGAUUUCCCCUCCUUCAUCCCUUCAUCCUCUCCUCGUCCUCGGUUCCUGUGUAUAGGUGGGAUGUUGAUGAUGUAGAUAGGAGAAUAUUGCACUUUUUAGGUUUCUUUUCAUCUUCGAUUUGUAACCGUGACUGUAACUGUGUGGAAUAAAACAAGAUAAGAAUUAGACAUGCUUCAUUAGGAGAAUUAAGGCAAAAAAUAAUAAUAAUAAUAAAAAAAUAACAGCGUGAACUUGAUAACAAUCAGAACCGACAUGCUAGCUGUUUUCAUUAAGACACAAAUCAAGUCAAAUCAUCUCACAGGCUCAACAACAAGAAGAGACAAAUUACUGCUUGGCCGGCAGUGUUCGGGGGAAAAUAUUAUCUAUUUUUCUAAUCCCUUAUUGAAUGAACACAGAAGAUGAAACAGAUUUGUUGUAGCGUGUCUAAUAUCGUGUGAUGUUUCAGUCUGAAAGAACCAGAGGCUAAACCUUUGUGGGACUCAAAACAAAAUGGAGCUGGAGGUUAAAAAUUCCCCGAAGCGUGUGCAGAUGAAAGUACACUUUUAAGUCGCAAACUGCUCAAAUCUGCGUGGUAAAAAAAUAAAAUAAAAUAAAAAUGUUUACUGACCUUUAAUGUGUCAGCGAGCUCAAAGAAAAGCCUCAUCCGAGUUCAGUGGACGCCGUGGCCUCCUCGUGGGUUUAGAUUUUCACACACAAGACUCAGACUUGACAGGAUUUGAGCACGCGGCGAAACAGAGCAAAUCUCAUGCACAGUAGUAAAACCACAGAGCCGCGCAGUCCUGUUGGAAAUAAAGGGGGAUAAAUAGUAAGGUGCCUUUUACUGGUAAAGGAAGUGGCUGGGACUGUGCUCACUGGACUGACUGCAGGGCUCAGGCGCUAGUUUGGGGUUUGUGCGCCCUCUGUUUCGGGGGUUCUCUUACGGCGGCCAUAUUCCAGAUGUUUUGACUUAUUACAGUGGAUAGUUAGAAUGUAGAUAAGCACAGAGAUACUUAGCAGUUAAGGCAAACCAACACAGUAGAUUCUGCUGGAUUUGAAGAUGUUUUAUAUAUUAGUACACUGGCUAGGAAGCUUUGGUUUAGACAGCUUUAUAUGAAAAAAAAAGAUGAAAAUCUACAGUAUUUUGCUUUUACUUUGUUUUUGAAGCUUGAUUUGUACCUGAUCUGCUGUAACUACUUAUAUAGUGUGUAUCUGUCCGGGUUAAAACCCGAAACUGAGCCCAGUUUUGUGUAUUCUUCAUUGUAUGACUAUGUUCUGUGACUGUUUACACAGACCUGGGACCAGUCACACUAUGUUUCUUUCCAAUCUGUCACCCGGCUUCGUUUAGAAUCAAACAUCUGUUGAAAUUCCAUGUUAAGACAUGAAAAGUGCCAUCUCGACGUCUAGUAGUCCUCGUUUUCUUUUCCCGGUUCCUUUUAACUUGGAAUUUCAAUGCACUUCCUGAACUGGAAAGCAUUUCAGUCCAUUUCAGUGCUGUUUGUUUGAGCGUGAUGACAUGCAAAUCAUUUCGAUGACCUCAGACACUGUAGCCACUCUGAACCAAUCGCGCACUGUCGUCACAGCUCUGAUAGUGUUUAACGGUUAUGAAACAGAUGCAUUUUUUACAGUGUAUGUAUGAUUUGCUUAAAUAAAAGCUAUAUUGACCAAUAUA